AUGCAUUUUGACGUUUGGCCCACCGUCUUGCCGCAGUAUUACGGCGUCGCUCCCUGGGGAGUUUAUCCGGCAUCGAUUAUUCAACAAAAUGCAUCGAAUCAACAGAGGAGACCUUUAUCACCGGGUUCGGCGGCGGCAGCCGCCGCAGCCGCUGCCACAUCCGACACAACCAACUUAACUCAGGGUCAAUAUAUAAUUCCUUAUUACGACCAAAACGGUCCCAUCGUCAUGGGUAACGUUAGGAGCAUAAGUAACACGGCACCCAUGCGACUCGUGUCUCCGGCUCCCGUAUUGGUCAACGCUGCCGCUGCUGCUGCUGCUACCACGGAUAUUGGUUUAAGUUCAACGUCUGGACGGCGAGAUUCAUUUGAUAGAAACAUUUCAGCUUUUUCGCCGUCUCUUGACUAUAACAGAGGUAAAUGGAAUACAAAUUAUGGAGCCUUGGGUACGGUGACAGCAGCCCCCAGCCCUUUGGGUCUUACAGGGUCUCUUACACCUCCGCCUUCUCUUACUGCGACUUUGGGUUCAUCAUCAAAUCUUCAAUUGGGUACGCUCAUGUCGAGCAGAGUUUUGUCCGCGGCACCUGGCGCAGAAGCAGUUGCCAAAUACAGAAACGGUUUGACGACGGCAGCUAUGUUCGGCUCGUCUAGUUCUCUAUUGACGAAAUUGACGGCUGCAUCUCGUCCUGGUGUUGUCGAUAAACCUGCUGGUAGAAGCAGAUUUUUGGAAGACUUCAGAAAUAACCGGUACCCGAGUUUGACGUUGAGAGAUCUGAGUCGUCACAUAGUUGAAUUUUCUCAAGAUCAACAUGGAUCUCGAUUUAUACAGCAGAAAUUGGAAAGAGCCACCGUUAACGAAAAGCAAAUGGUUUUCAAUGAAAUUCUACCGUCUGCUUAUAAUCUCAUGACGGAUGUUUUUGGAAAUUACGUCAUACAAAAAUUUUUCGAGUUUGGAACUCCUGAACAAAAGGCGAUCCUUUCUCAAAUCGUGAGGGGUCACGUUUUGCUUUUGGCUCUUCAAAUGUACGGCUGUAGAGUUAUACAAAAGGCUUUAGAAUCUUUAACAUCCGAACAACAGCAAGAAAUAGUUCGAGAGCUCGAUGGUCACGUGUUAAAAUGCGUUAAAGAUCAGAAUGGAAAUCACGUGGUUCAAAAAUGCAUCGAACGAGUCGAUCCCCAUGCUCUUCAGUUUAUAAUCAAUGCCUUAUCCGGUCAGGUGUUUGCUCUCUCUACUCAUCCCUACGGAUGUCGAGUAAUACAACGAAUAUUGGAACAUUGCACUCCCGAGCAAGUGGCUCCCAUAUUAGAAGAACUACACUCUCACGCUGAACAAUUAGUUCAGGAUCAAUUUGGCAACUAUGUUAUUCAACAUGUUCUAGAACACGGCAAACCUGAGGAUAAGUCAAAGAUCAUAAAUAAUGUUCGUGGGAAAGUACUCGCUCUGUCACAACACAAGUUUGCAUCUAACGUGGUUGAAAAAUGUGUGACUCACGCGACAAGGACUGAAAGAUCAGUUCUCAUUGAAGAAGUCUGCAAUUACAAUGACAAUGCACUUCAGUUGAUGAUGAAGGAUCAAUACGCGAAUUACGUUGUUCAGAAAAUGAUCGAUGUUUGCGAGCCUACUCAACGAAAGAUUUUAAUGCAUAAAAUCCGGGGACACAUUUCAGCUUUGAGAAAAUACACGUAUGGAAAACACAUAAUAGCUAAACUGGACAAGUUUCUCAUGAAACCGCCGACUCUGCCCUCCGUUGGCUCCGAACUUCUUUAA